ACGGAUUUAAUAUUUAAUCUCAUCAUCGUUCGCGCCGUGUCGGAUAAGUGCUUCCGUCUCGAGGAUCCCUGCGUGUGGGCAGAACCGUCAUCGUGCCGUGUUGGAAGUGACAGUUUUUAUUUCUUCUCUGCGUAAUAUACACUUUUCCUUGCGCGACUCUUUGUCGUUGGUUUGGUGUGCGAGACGGCAAGAAACUGUUCCUUUGGCAAUUUUUAUAUUCUUUUCAUGGCAGAACUCCACGGGACUAAGGGACACUCGAGCGGCUGAUUGAUGCUCCCGAAGCAGCAACCCAAAUUGACGUAAUCGACCGCGCAUAUCACACAGUACCCCCAUAUCAGCCAGAUCGUACACACACGCACCACCCAGCGCAUCCCGGGCACCCUGUCUCAAGUGGCUGCCGGUGUGUGGUUUAAUAGAAUAAUGCACCUCUUUGAUUCGUCGAAGGGGAACCCGAGAGAACGACGGAUUCGCGUGUAAUAUGAACCGCCAAUCCGAUGGUGGUGCCAAAGUGCUUGUGAACGCGUACGUCGGGUGCAGCAGCAGCAGCAGUAAGGCAGAAGCUGGACGGGCCAAGUCGAAGAAGUCGUCGGUGCAGUCCAAAAAUGUUCCUGACUCCCGCGGUUCGGCAGCGGCGGGUAGUAACAACGGAGCCAACGGCAUUAGCAGUGCUGCUUCGACCACAUCGUCUACGGGUGGUGGCGGCUUUCAGUCAUUCUUCCGCUGGUUCCGUCGGGAUGAGUCACGUGCGCUCGCACGCAGCGCCAGCGGUUCAGCGGUUACGCCGGAACUGCAUGACAGAAGUGCUCAGCCACGCCAACAACGUACCCAGCGGUCUACAGUGCAACAGACUAAUGCUGGUGGUAGUAUAGGACGGAGUUCCUCAACAACCGCGGAUACAGCGCCCGGAAGUGGUACGAUUGUGAGCCGCCGCACCGUAGACAGUACGAGCAGCAAGAACUCAACCACUACGGCGGGGGAUAGUGUUAGUCAGUCGGCAAGCAAUGGUACGCACAGUUCAUCGCCGAGCCCCGGACCGGUGAUUGAUUGUAACAAUCUUUCGAAGAGUUCGAGCUGUGACAGUAUUCUCAGCACAGCUACCAACGGGUUCGCCUUUGUGCCACCGAACUGCUACGAAGCGGUACUCGCGAAAGGUAAUUCCGAGAUUCGUCGCACGAUACAACCGGGCCCGUACACAGAUAGUUACAAGCGGCGGUGCUCCGAGCGAGACCGUGCCCGAGAGCUCGAUCGUAAAUACGAGCUAACGUUGCGCAAAAAGUAUCGACUGUUUGCAAGCCUCCGGGAUAGUCCGGUUAGAGAUCAGCGGGACGCAACUCUAACGCGAGACAACCAGCGUACGGUAUACACGGACCUUAGUUUACCGGCGACGAGUGCAACUAAGUCCAGCACAUCCUCCACCCUAGAGAACGGAGUUGAUCUUCAAGAAUUCUCUUCCGUUGGAGAAUAUUAUAAGAUCGGCGAUCCUUCCGCUCGACGACAUCGACGAACGGUGAGUGACAGCUCGAAAGAUCGGCGUGCUGGGGCGUAUCUGCACGUGAAAGGUAAAAGACGUGCUCCACCGCCGCCACCACUCUCACUCGAUCGAUCCGAUACGGCAUCCUCGACAACGAGCACACUCACCCGCUCCUGUACGCCCAACUACCGGACACUCUCACCCGGAUCGACACUAUCGCGCAAGAAACGGCCUGCACCGGCCCCACCAGUAUCUCCAACGACAUCCACCCUUAACGAAGCAUCUUCCAGCACGAGCCUUCUGGAGGAUCGAGAGAUCAAAGCGAUCAUUGAAGGUCGACCACUGUCGCUGCUGGCAAAAGAGCCAACCACCGUACCGGAACCGUCCGCCAUCAUUAUGCCGCUACCGUUCAUUAGACCACUUUCGCCGCUGCCCAAUAUUGCGGAAGAACGUGCACCGCCCGGUGGAUUGACGGAGGAGCAAAAGCAACAGCUGAUCGAUAACAUCCGCAAGGUACAAUCUGCACCGAAAGCACCGGAUAUACCAACAACACAUACCAACGUGGACGAUCCUUGCGAUGUGAUGAAGAUGGAGGAACAGUUUAACCGGGCGAAUGGAACCCGGUCCCCAAUCCAUGACUAUCUGUACGCGGAAGCUAUUGCCAGUGCUAAAUCAAGCAGUGGACAGACGGCUCCGGCACAGCUCCAACCACCAACAUCGCCAAUCUCCCCGCGCCCAUGGUACAAACGGCCAAUAUCGGGCAUCCGGCAGCAGGAAAGCUCGCUACCCUUUAAGCGGGACAUUAUAUUGAAAACGAUCGACAAACGGAAAACAGGCAGCGUGAAGCACGCGAAAGAGGCCGCUGACGAUCUGCCCGAGGUGGGAUAUUGUAGGAACUCAAUGUUACACCCAGACGCAGCUGCAAACUCCACCAGCAGCCCAUCAUCUUCCCUUACCGGCGGCGUUGGAAAGUUUAACCUGUUUGCAAAAAUUACGGAAAAGUCGGACGAUACGAAGAGGCGCGAACGGGAUGCGGAAAAGCGACGAUCGGCUAUCGGAAUUCCUAGCAUCAGUGAGCUAGAUCGGGAGGCGGCUGAAAUCGUGCACAACGAGUAUCGGUGCAAUGGAACCGACUCCAGGACCCAGUCCCUGGAAGGCCAACAAUCGAGUGAUAAGCAGAAAUCAGCCAAAGAAUUGAUAUCAAAGUUUGAAGCGACGAGCGUGCCGGUGGCAGGGAAGGUAACCGUGAGCAGUACGUUCGUCGCGAGAAGAGAUUAUUUCGGCGUGGAUACUUCCACGGUGUCUUCAAAAAGUUCCUCGACGAGUCAAGCAGUUCCCAUUAACGCACCGGUUAGUGAGAAACCUCUCACAACGCAUCCGCCGACUACGAAUGGUCCAGACAUCCAUGGUCAGUCGGUGGCCACAAACGGGCUAGCGAAAACGGGAAGCGACAAGAAUUUGCUGGGCUUGUGGACCUGUCCGUACUGUACGCUGGAGAAUCCGAACUGGCGCAUCAUUUGUGAGGCGUGUGAGCGCAUUAAACCUUACGACAGCAAGCUCAGCAUUCUCGAGGAACCCCCGCUCAGACCGAACCAUCCAUUGAAGCGUCCUAUUCCCGACGCUAAACGACUGCAGCUGACAGCGAAUCAGACGCCAUCCGGUAUGGUUCAAAAUGGCGGCGAUGAUAUGGACAAGAAACCGGAGCGAGUGCUGAAAUACGUUAUGCCAAAACCAGCACCGGUCACUAACGGUACGCUAUUGGUAAGUGGAAACGGUGACGAUCGGGCCUCAAUGGUGCAGCGAAAGCCUAGCUAUGGUCAAACGAAACCACUCGCCUCACCGAAGAUGGGCGUUAAAAGUCUACUGAAUCGUGCCCCACAUCAUGAUGGCGGCACCAGUGCGUUGUAUCGCAACUUUAAUGCCAUUCCCGAGAGCUACCAUAAUGGUGCCGCCGCUGGUAACGAGAACACCAAUAAGUUUGACGAUCAAAAGCUUAAAGAAAGCCACGCUGUUGGCAACGUCGCUCCGCUUGCUUCACCAGAACCUAUGACGGACAAGGAAGAUGCGGUGUACGGAGUGUUAAAUAAACCAUACUCGCCGAAAGAUCGAGUUAAUAUUGAAGAAAUACGUAAUGCACGCAUCGCACGCUUCGGGGCAAUGGUGGAACCUGAACCCAACCACGAACCGGUACUGGUGGUGAAGGAAGUCAUUGUGCCAAAAACCAAAGAACAGCAAGAUCAGGAAGCUCUCGAAAAAGAAAAGGAACGCCUGCGAGAGAUGAUCCGUGCGAUGAACGCAAAGGCCCUGGCGGAGAAGUACCCCGUGAUACAAAAGCCACCCAGUAACAGUGGUAACAACAAUAGCCUUAAGCGGGAUUCUCCCUUGGUACAACGAAAAAAUGGGCUUACCUCGGGAAUUCCCAUCAGCACCAAGAGUCUCAGUCCUGUUCCGCCGAGAAAAAUGGGAAGUCCUCUACUUGCUCGGAAAUCUCCGGUCCCUCUCCCUAUAUCCGAGGAUGUCACGAAAAAGGAACAGGUUGUGAUAAGUUUUACACCGACUACGGAGUUAACACCUACAUCUUCACCCAACACUGGGGCUAUCAGGAAGACAUCCUUCCCGAGGCGUACGAGUGAUGUCUCGGAUGUGAAGUUGCCACCACCGAUAGAGGGUAAAAUUAUCAAUCAGGAUAGUUUGCGAGGCACGAUUCCGGAGACGGUGGUUGAGAUGAAUCAACAACCACCUGCCACCGGAUCCACGCUAGUACUCACCAACGACGUACAGGGUAUCCACUACGAACCGAUGGAUGAGCAACAGUUUGCCCGUGCAGCUAGUGGUGGACAGCGCCAUGCUCAAAGUAGCGAGACGAGUUCCAUUCCCAGACCUUCCGGUGUUCCACUCUCGCCCCGGCUGCAAGAUCGCCACAGAAAGUCCUUGAUGGAAAAACAGCAGCAACACGAUGAGAAGUUGAAACAAUUAUCCGUCCAGUUACGUUCGCAGCAGGGUGUUGAUCGCUUCCGGAACACCUUACUCUACUCGCCGAAUAAUAUUAGUCGCACUGGCACGUUAGCGUUAAAUAAGCUGCUGCGCAAUCUGGAACAAGCGAUCGGUGAGGGAUCCCAUGAUCGGGCGGCCGAAUUGGCAAUGGAUCUGGCCAAGAUGAAAGUAUCCCUGUCGGUGACGAGGCAAAGCCCUACACGACCAACUUCCACAACGUCUGGAAGUUUGACUGAUAUAAGUUUGAAUGUGUACAUCGAUGAUAAGGUGUCACACAAGGGACCAAUCCGGAUGACGUUGGCUGGGUUUGCAACACUAGCCCAGCUGAAAGCAAAGCUAUGCAACGAGUACCAGAUUCCGGUGGCAGUGCAACGCUGGCGUUGUGAUGAUCAGCCGCUUGAAGAAGACGCUAGGACGCUCUACGAUUACGGUAUACAAACGAGCGAUCGUACACUGUUCGUCUACAUAGUGCAACCACCUGUUCCGACUAGAGAUCACAAGCCACCUUUAUUACUGCAGCAAAGCUUCAGCAGUGCCGAGAUAAAGGUUCUGUCCGUGUCUUCCGAAUCGGAUGGUGAGCAUUCCGAUACACAGAACGAUGAAACCGUUCUUGGUGCAACAGCAUUACCUACGGCUGCACCCAGAGGAUCGGUUAUCAAACCCAACAGCGAACCUAUUGUGAAGGAAUGUACUACCUCCAAUAGUGAUGCUGGAUGGGCCUGUCCUAUGUGCACAUUAAUUAACCCACUCGACCGACCCGGAUGUGCGGCAUGUUCCGAGGCACGGCCCGUCCGUCAUAAAGCUCCCUCUCCGCCCGAACAGAUCACUAUCACUCCUGAAGAUUUGACGCACUUCUUAGAUCAGCAACCGCCGCUCGCUCCGGGACGAAAGACGAAAGAACCGACAAUGCACGUCCAGCUCAGAAAUCCUCCAUUAGAGACACGCAACGAUCUGAACCGGAUCUCUUCGAAUCGGAAAUCCUCUGACAUAUUUAACAUUUUGCACGAAGAAACCAAAGCGAACACUACGAGUGCGGCUGUAACGGUGGGCAAGCAUCCGGCAAUGGCGCCACAGUCAGCGUCUCCUCCAGUUCCAAAGCCACGUACCAGUGAUCUCAUACGACCGGAACACAUUCAAGUGCCGGAACAGAACCGUAUCGUGAUGACAGCGUUGGCAACGCACCGGAGUCCCAACAUUACUCGCAGUCAAUACCGUGGCGUGGACAACUUCAAUCCCAACUCGAGUGGUAUGGUUAAACCGGAGCGGCCCAUUAUAACGACGGCUAGUCCGAUCGUGCGGGCGGUACUGUUGAAAGGUUCCUCCGGAGACAAAGCACCAGCAGUACGGUUCGGUCGUAAUGGGCUCGCGCUGCCUGAAGACGGGACGGAGGUAACGCCCAAUCACUACACGGAGCUAGUCAACCUCGAUAAUGCGGAUCUGAUAGCGAACAUUGAACCGUUCGAGUGUCCGAUCUGUUUCGGUGCGUUUCAACCGUACGAAGGCAUCGUGCUGCGGGAUUGUCUGCAUUCGUUCUGCAAACAGUGUCUGAUCAGCACGAUCCAGUACAGUGAGGAUGCGGCGAUACGCUGCCCGUACAGUGACGCCGUCUACAGCUGUGAAAGUGUUAUACAGCAACGCGAAAUUAAAGCUCUUGUCAGCAAAGAACUGUACGAGGCACAUCUUGCCAAAUCGAUCCAGCAGGCGGAAAGCACUAUCGACAACACGUUUCACUGUCGAACGCCGAACUGUCGCGGUUGGUGCAUCUACGAGGAUAAUGUAAAUCAGUUCAAAUGUCCCGUCUGUAGGAUCGUUAACUGUCUUACCUGUCGGGUUAUACAUGACGGGCUCGAUUGUAAGCAGUACCAGGACCGCAUGAACAGUGACUGUGAUACUAACAUAGACGCGCGACGCACCAAAGCAAUGCUGCAGGAGAUGAUCGAAAAGGGUGAAGCGCUUAACUGUCCCACCUGUCAGGUGAUAGUGAUGAAGAAGUGGGGCUGCGAUUGGCUCAAGUGUUCCAUGUGCAAAACGGAGAUCUGCUGGGUAACGCGCGGUCAUCGCUGGGGACCGGCCGGGAAAGGUGACACGACUGGUGGCUGUCGGUGCGGUAUAAAUGGAAUCAAGUGCCAUCCAAAGUGUAACUACUGCCAUUGACCUAAGAGCUAACAAGACUAUCCAAUCAGUGAUGUUGCACAAUAUUAUGGAAAGGUGUGUAAACUCAGAAUCUGAUGAUCAGUUUGAUCGACAAUACUACUGUAGGGAAAUAGAACCAAAUGUAUUUUUUAACCAUGAACUUAAAAGCAGACAAAGAACGGUAAAACAUGUUAAACGACCUAACUCAACAAACGUGUCUUAUAGUUGGCAAAGCAUGUGCGAGUUGAAGUUACACGAACUUAUUACGUAAAGUAGAUAGCGAACAUGAUCGGAAUUCCAAAUGAACACAUUUGUCAGAAGAUUUAAUCCUACAGCGAGGAUAUCCGUUAUUCGGAGAGAGCAUCUUACAGAUCUGUAUGGAAUUUCCUCUUUACUUUAGAAUGAUUCUUUCUUUGUGCGCAAUAGAAGAAAUAAAAUUUCUUGACAAGUAAAAGGUA